AUGGCCGCCGCUUCAGAAAUUCACGGCCCGGUAAAAUCAAACCCCGCGGAGGACUGGACCGUCGUACUACCACGCCGUGGGAAGAAGAAGAACACCACAACCACAUUCUCGCACAAAUUCGUGACCCCUAAACGCGAAAAAGAGACGCAGGCAUGGACGCCGGCGGAUAUCGAGACAGAUCCUGAUAGGGAAUCGAGACUGAUGCAGAAAAUGCAAAUCUGCAUCCAGAAGCUCGUUGGCUCCGAUUUCUGCAACUCUUUCCUGAACCAGAUGCGGAGCCCCGAGACGCUGGUCAAGUUCCUCCGGGUCCUCGGUUCGGAACCGCAGAUGGAGAUGGUGAUCUACGGAAUUGGCAGCAUCGAUUCGUUCGAGCCGCCGAGGCUGCAGCUCGCGCUCGCCAUCCUGAUGAAGAGGAGCUUCGACUGGGUCGGGGGUAUCCAGGUGUUCGACCCGAUAAUCUCAUUGACCGAGUCUAGGGUUUUGACUUCCCUUGGCUGCGAGGUUCUGUCGGUCAACGAACAAGGCCGGCGGCCGGUGGUCCGGCCGACCCUAUUCUUCAUGCCCCAUUGCGAGGUGGAGUUGUAUGAUAAUCUCUUGCAAGCUAAUUGGGGGUUGGACCCGUUGAGCCGGAUGGUGUUGUUUGGAAACAGUUUCAGUGAGUACGAGCAGCAGGUGUCAAUUUCGGGCUGUGCUUUGGUGUCGAGGCAGCAUGUGUUGGCAGCAAAGAGUUUCACAGACGAGAUUGGAGUUGGUAACCUUUCUGACUAUGUUUUCCGAGCCUUUCAUGGCUCCAGUUGGCACUUUUUCAGGCCCGGUAGUCUUGAUUGUUUGCGUCUUGAUAAUUUAUGA